AUGAUUUUUAAAAUCAAACAAUUUUUGAUAUUGUUUAAAUAAUAAUUAAAAAAAAAAAAAUUCAAAUUUAUGCUUUUAUUUUUUAAUAAUUUUUUAUAGCAUGAAAAUAAAUAUUUAUCAUAAAUAGAUUUUGAAUUAUAAUAUCAUUAAUUAAUUAAUUUUAAUUUGCUUGCUUUUUUUUAUGUUUUUUCUUUGUUUAUAUAGCUCAUCAUUUUAUUUUCAACUUUUGCUUUUAUUAUUAAUUAAUUAAUUAAUCAAUCUUAUUAUUUCAUAUUUUUUUCUUCAUUUUUUCCUUCUAAUUAACUAUUUAAUGAUACAUUUUUUCUUCAAUAUUUAAAAAGUUACAAUAUAAUUGGUGAUGACGGUGCAUCAGGCUUAGGUUUUGGUUUAGCAAAUUGCAUUAAUCUCUCAAAUUUAACACUUAAUCUUCUGUAAAAAUAGUUAUUUGCUUUUGAUUGGGAUAUUUUUAAUUAUAGAAACUAAUUAAAAAAAAAUAAAGCUCUUUUUUCUUUUUCUUUUAAUUGUACUUACUUUUUUUUGUUCUUUCUAUGUUAAUUUAAAAACUCUUCUUUUUAUUUUCAACUUUUGCUUUUAUUAUUAAUUAAUAAAUCUUAUUUAUUAUUUCAUAUUUUUUCUUCAUUUAUUCCUUCUAAUUAACUAUUUAAUGAUAUAUUUUUUCUUCAAUAUUUAAAAAGUUCCAAUAAAAUUGGUGACAAAGGUGCAUCAGGCUUAGGUUCUGGUUUAGCAAAUUGCAUUAAUCUUUCAAAUUUGACACUCCAUCUUGGUUUUAGCAGAAUAAAUAAAUUAUAAAAAUUCAAAGUAUUAAAGAAGUGUCUUAAAUCAAAAAGAUUAGUUGUCUUUAAUUUCAAAUGA